AUGGGAUUAGACUCUAUCUCUGCUAUCGCACUCGGUCUCUCGCUUCGGCUGGUCGUCCAAGCCUCUUCGCCGCCUCCGCGUAUCGCCGGCACGCUCAUCGGCCUGUGGGAAGGCGCGGUGCUCUACCACUUCCUUGAACGCCUUCCCUCCGGCAGCCUUGACCCGUAUCUUGGACUUGGACUCCGAGUUUUACUUGACUGGCUCUUAACAGCCAGCUGGGUCCGCCAAGCGAUCAUACUGCUUUGGACCGUCGCCGGGCUGGUUAUCGCAGAUGCUACCCCCGCGUUCUGGUACGACCGGCAAAUGCAGCGCUUUGUGCGCCGAACGGAGAGGCAGUUGAAGGACUUCCGGUUGGAGGAGUUCUUCGCGAAUCUCUGGGAUCAAAUCAAGAAGUUCAAGUGGCCCGCGGCGCUGUCUACUUUGGGUUCAUGGCGCAUCCCAAACACUCCUCGGCAUGCGCGCUUCUUCCGCAUACCGCCCCUCAGUCGCAGCAACACGCAACCGCGUGUCGAGGCCGUAUCCCCUAGCGAACUUGCGCCAACAUCCACGCGCACUCGCAUCGUUGCACCGGGUCUUUCGACGCCAUCUAUAUCCAGUGGCUCUUCAACAGGUUCACAGACCUCAUCGACGGACCAGAACCCAGCGACGACUAUCGUUGCUAGUGCGCUACCAUCAGCGAUGCGCCGAGUCGCUUCAUCCAAAUCAUCUUCAUCCAGUGCAUCCGUUACAUUCGACCUCCCGCCCCCCAGUCCGCCCACUAGACGUAGGCCGAGCAUACCAAUGCCGCCUGCCAGCGAGAUCCCAUCCAUGGACGAUCCCCCAACCCCAACAUUGACGAAUGCGCCAACGCUGGCCUCGAGUCUACCGCCCAUCUCGGCUAUCAGCGUGCCCCGUACCCUGGCAGCUCCUCCCCCCGUUGCACCUCUCAAUGUCAGGAAAGCAACGCCAGCACCGUCACCUUUCCUCCAGGCAGCAUCAUCGCUUCCGCCGCCACGCCCACCUGUACCCAUUCCCGUGGUCUCAGGCGCCAUGACCCCUCCGCCGAUCCAGAGUCAAGCGCCCACGUCUAUUCCCAUGCCCGUACCACAUGUCGUAGUGCCGGUUCAAGAAGCGCACAUCGGUUCGCCGGGUGUGACGCUCAAUGUCGAAGCGCUACCGGAGAUCCCACCGCUUAUUACGCCAGGACUGCCUCUCAUGGUCGCCAAUCCGGAUGAGGAUGGUCCACCUCCACCGUUCAGCUCGUUGGACCACGCGCGCAGUUCAUCGUUCGUGCGUAGCACAGAUGAGAAGCAAGGGUACUCCGGCUCGCACAACCAUCCGCUACCCCCUAUACCGCAUACCCCAUCUGACGAUACGAUAACUACGACCGCGACCACCGCCGUGACCGCGCUCGAAGUGCCGACUACGAACGUAGCGCCGGACCUCUCUGCAUAUUCGGCGCAUCUACGCCCGCCGAAGCAACCCUCGGGGCCGGACACCGGCGCCUCAGCCGGUGCAGGGAACCGCGACUCGUGGUUCAGCGACCGAAGCGCAACUUCUAUCACCGGCCACUCGCGCGCGUCCGUACUCUCGCGUGCGGACGUACUUCGACAGGAAGCCGCCGCAGAGGAGCGUGCGCGGGAUAGGGCGGCAGCGAACAGGAAGAAGGCGUUGAACGAGAGGAGAUACGGAGAGGCUGUGAAGUUGAAGGUCGAGGAGGGCGAGAGGGACGAGAGGGCGAGGAGGCUACACGAGAAGGCAGCUCAGGCAUUCUUGAAAGCUCAGAACGAGCUUAUGAACCCACACUUCAGCCCGCUCUCACCUGGUUCGUCAGCAACGGCCAACACGGAGACGACGAGUACCAUUGACGUUCACCGAUUGCGUGUGCGCGAAGCCGUACUGGCCAUGGAACGCGCUAUCCGUGAUGCGCUACUCGCGGGUGGAGAGACGUUGCGGGUGAUCGUGGGUUCGGGCCAGCGUAAAGAUGGCAAGCUGCCCGUCCUUAAGCUCGCGCUCAUUCGUGAGCUGGAAGAUCAUCAUCUAGCGGCAACGGUCGAUCCCCAGAACCCAACCGUGUUGAUCGUGAAUCUACCUGUCACUUGA